AUGACAGACGUCAAGGAAGACACAUCCACUACCACUCGCAAUGCCCUCUCUGCUCGUGAACUAGAAUGGGCCAAAAACUCGCCAGAGUUGCUGGCCAAACACAAGGAAACGAAUGGGGACAUUGUCCGUACUCGAUUCCCACCUGAACCCAAUGGUUAUUUGCACAUUGGUCACGCCAAGAGUAUGAACAUGAACUUUUCUCUUGCCUUUGAAAAGCUUAACGUUCCGAUGGAAAAUCGUAGGACAAUCUUCCGUUACGAUGAUACCAACCCAGAUGCCGAAACCAAGGAAUACAUUGACAGUCUGAAGCGAGACGUGGCGUGGCUGGGAUGGACUCCCGAACGUACCACCUACAGUUCCGACAAUUUUGUUAAAUUGCACGACCUUGCUGUCCAACUCAUCAAGAAGGGAUUGGCCUAUUGUUGUGAUAUGACCAAAUUGGAAAUGGAGGUCCAAAGAGAACUGGCCAUGAAGCGUGUCAGCGCCAAGAGUAGCGGCAAGGAUCCAGACGACGAAUACCCAAUUCCAUCUCCUGAUGUCUUGCCUGGACGUAACCGGGAUACUUCUAUCGAGCGUAACUUGGAGAUCUUUGACAAGAUGAAACGCGGAAUCUACGAUGAAGGUACUUGGACACUACGUCUAAAGAUGGAUUUCGAAUCUGCCAAUCCCAACAUGUACGAUUUGGUGGCCUACCGUAUCAAGUUUACUUCUCAUCCACACGCUGGGAAGGGCUGGUGCAUCUACCCUGCUUAUGAUUUCACACAUGGCAUCUGCGAUUCUUUGGAACAGAUUGACUAUUCCAUCUGUACUUUGGAAUUUGAAACCCGUCGCGAGCCAUACUAUUGGAUCUUGUGGGCCUUGGAUAUGUUCCGCCCCAACGUUUACGAAAUGUCCCGCCUGAACUGUCAAUACACAGUCUUGAGUAAGCGUCGAUUGCUCAAGCUAGUGAACGCCAACUACGUUCGUGGAUGGGACGAUCCACGAAUGCCUACAAUCUCGGGAUUGCGUCGGCGUGGAUACACCAAGGAGAUUGUCAACAAAUUUUGCAACGACCUUGGUGCUACUCGAGCUUCCAACGUCAUUGAAUACGAAAAACUGGCCAACACUGCGAGAACUUGCUUGUCCGAGACCUCCCAACGCGCCAUGGUAGCCUUGGAUCCUAUCGAAAUUACCAUUUCCAACUGGAAGGAACAUGAGGGUACCACAUUGACCUUUUCGGUGCAAAACUCUCCAACGGAUGAUUCUUUGGGUGAGCAUUCCAUCACUCUUACCUCCACUCUGUACAUCGAUUCGAGCGAUUUCAGACUAGAAGAUUCUGAGGAAUACUACGGCCUUGCUCCUAACAAGGCGGUUGGAAUCAAAUAUCACGGUGGAAACAUUAUUUGUGACAAGGUCAUUCAAGACAAUGGGAAGGUAAAAAAGCUGAUUUGUCGGUUGGACAAUGCCGAAGAUCGUCCGAAACCAAAGACUUGGAUUUCAUGGGUUCCUUCUGAUGGAAUUCGUUGCGAAGUCCGAGUGUACAAUCAUCUCUUCACUGUCGCAGAACCAUCAGACCUAUGGGAAGAAGAACUCAAUCCAGAAUCAGAGAUUGUCUAUGCCGACGCUAUCAUUGAUCCAUCCGUAUCCGAAUUGGUGGAUGCCUCAAAGUUGGACAAGUGGCAAUCCAAUGCUGCUCUUCAAUUUGAGCGUAUGGGGUACUUUGUUGUGGAUCUAGACACUACUUGGAGUCACGAGAAGAAGGAGGGUAAGCUGGUAUUCAACCGAACCGUUUCACUGAGGGAAGAAAUUGCCAUUAAGAAAUUGUCCAAGAAGGAAGAGGAAACGAAUGCAGCACGCAAGGCCAAACAGGCCGCUGACAAGGCUGCCAAGGAAGCUCGCAUGAAGAUCGAACCGAAGGAUUUGUUUCGGUUGUCGGAAGAGUACAAGGGCAAAUAUUCCAAGUUCGACGAAAAGACUGGCCUACCAACCCACGAUGCAGAAGGCACUGCACUCACCAAAUCAGCAACCAAGAAAUUGGCAAAGGAACAAAAGAAGCACGCUCAAGUAUUGGCCAAGUUUAAUGCUGCAGCUGCCAAGUAG